AUGAUAAUUAUAAAUAAUAAUAUAUGUGAUAAACCUUUACUUAAAUAUUUCUUAAAGGAACUUCAAAAAUAUAUCGAUGUCAUUACAAAUAUACAUUCUAGCUUAAAACUUAUCCAAAAGAUAGGGAUCGAUGAGAUCAAGGAAUCACGUUUUAAUAAACAAAUAAUUACACCCUUAAAAGGAAACAAAGUGCCUCAAUUCUGGGAAAUACCUCCAUAUAUGAUAUCAUCAAAGUUUUGUGAUUCGAUCUUUAAUACAAUUUAUGAAAAAUCAAAUAGUUUAUUGGAAUUAUUUAGAAAUUUCAAUGAAGUUGAAAACUUAUCUCCUAACAAUAUUAAAAUUUCAUUAUUUGAAAAGCCGGAGAGUUUCUUGUAUCUUUAUAAAUUGAGGCAUUGCAAAUUGAAUGGUGAAAAUCCAAACAAAACGGAAUAUGUUAUAUUUUUAAAGUCUGAAAAUGGCAUUAAUUUAAUUAUUGAAGGAAUAUACUCUUUAAAUUUUAUAUUUAAAAAUGAAAAAGUGAUGAAAUGUCAAGAAAAUACAGACCUAAUGACGCCUAUAUAUAAUUUAAAAUUUUAUAUAAAAGAAAUUGAACCAAGGAUGAAAGAUAAUUACAUCGCCUUGCCUUUAUAUAAGUUAUACGAUGAAGAUGUUUUCUUCAAACAAAAAAUAGAACCAUGCCUGGAAGUUUACAUAGAGAAAGAGGAAGAUUGUAGUGAAUGGUUAAUUUUACAUGCUCCAUCCUUGAUAAUUAAAUAA